AUGGACUUGGAUCCUAUCCUGACCCAUGCGGAAAGCGGUGAUCUGGAUGCUGUGAAAGCAAUCUUGGCAGAUAGCGAUAGCGUCAACAAGCGGUUGAAGCUAAGAGAUGCAGACAAAAGGACUGCAUUGCACCGAGCAUGCGCUGCGGGGCACGAGCAGAUCGUCGCGCAUCUCCUCAGCCAUCGUGCCAACCCCAAUGUGGAAGAUGAGGAGGAAUGGACGCCACUACACUCUGCUGCCAGCCGCGGCUCGGCGUCCUUGGCCACUCUGCUGACCGAAGCCGGUGCAGAUUGCGAUGCUACAACGUCUUCGGGUAGCAGCGCCCUGCAUUAUGCCGCCUCGAAGGGGCACGAUGAGGUGAUCCGGGUUCUUAUUGAGGCAGGUGCCAAGGUGAACGCCAAGGACCGAAGCGGUGGCUUUCCGCUUCUGAGAGCGGCAGGCGCCGGUAGACUCACAGCUCUGAAGCUUCUGCUCGAGGCCCAGGCAGAUCUGAGAUCCAAAGACAAGUCGGGAGACAACGCGUUCCAUGUGGCCAUCAAUGGCCAUCAUACCGCGAUUUGCGAGAUACUCUUUGACCGGGACGAAGCGGAGAAGCUGAUGAAACAAGAGAACGAAGAUGGAAAAACAGCAGCCCAAAUGCUUCUGGACCUUGCUCCGGCUGAGACUCGAGACAAGAUCAAGUCGAUAUGGAGAGAGAAGAAAGGCCGCGAUUGUGUCGCCCAGGUGGCGGCUGGUGACAUGGCCGCAGCCGUUUGCAGUUCUACAGAGUCCAGGGACAAGACGUCGGUGGGUGGGGAAGCGGAGGUGGGAUUGGAUGCAGUGGACUCGUGGGUCGUGCAGGACAUUGGAUUCUACUCUGAUGCGGCCUGUGUGACGCGCAUCGAGGCGAGACCAUUCCGAAGUCUUCAAGGCAACGGCUUGCGAUAUGAUGGCAGCGCUUUCUCUUCGCCGCAGUACGUCCGACCGAUUGGCCUUCCUGCAGAUGCUUUUGAGGUAAACAGUGGACCUUGGGAAACUGGCGUGCCGUGCCCUUCCUCAGGCGACACCUGCCAGAUUGGUUUCCACUGGCUGACCGAUCAGGUAGACGUGCCCAGCGGUGGUUUUGCCACAACCGGUCGGCUGGCGAUCGGCUCGGCGGAACCUCGCUGCAUCCGGCUGGACCAGAGCACAGAGGCGACCAAGCAUGCAACCAACGUUCUGGUGCAGUACUGGUCAUCUUCCGCGAGAAGCUGGCAGGACCACACUCUCUUCACCUCCCUCAGCGGAGGAUCUGAAACUCUUCGACUGCCGGAGGUUCCGGUGAGGUGA